UUUUUUGGCACCGAUCAGUUUGUGUAUGUUUUGCAACAACACUGCUGUUGGUGAUGUAACGGCGCGCAUACAUUUUAACCAUAGUUGGCCGUCUGCAAAUCCACCAAACCACUUCGACUUUGCCUUUAGUGGGCAACAUAAUGUUGCAUUUUUUGACAAAAGCGCUGGCCUUACUUGCCACUUUGCUUUGUAGUGAGAGUUACACCAUAAGGAAUCCCGUAUCGUGGGCUGUUACGAACGAUCUCCUUGAAGAGGAGCUUGGAACGGCGUCAGACGAGGAGGUCGCACCAGCACUAUUAGUGGAUAAUGUUGGGAUUUGGAAACAGGCUUAUCCACCGACGGUAUAUGGCGAUAGAGCAGAAAAGCCCCAGCCAAAAGCCGAAAAAGAUGUCACUCAUGUUUCGUCUGCGGCCCGUGUCUUCUCAUAUAGAAUGGAGGAGGUGAAUCCCCCAUCUAAACCUCCACCACCACCACCGCACGAGGAGACAGCAAAGACCGCUAGGUACAUAGCACAUUACAGUGACUGGGGACACCUAUCCACGAUCUCUACGCAAGAGAAGAUCAAAGGUCUGCCAUUUGGAAACAUUUUUUCAGUCAGCGAUGGGCCAUUGGACAACAGCACAGGGGUGCUAUACUUCUAUGUGACUCCAAUGGACAACACAGUGGCAGACCUAAGGAACUUCCCCUUUGCCUCUCUCACCUUCUCUGAGGCUGAGGGGGACUUCUGCAGGGAGAUGGUGUAUGACCCAGAGGAUCCUAGGUGUGCUCGCCUCACCCUGACUGGCAGGAUGGUGGAGGUGGGGCCAGAGGAGCUUGACUUUGCCAGAGAGGCCAUGUUCUCAAGGCAUCCUGUGAUGAAGAAGUGGCCAGUGGGACACAAGUGGUUCUUCAUGAAGUUGGUGAUAGAGCAGGUGUGGCUGCAGGAUUGGAUGGGCGGAGUAUCACUCAUACCACUAGACGAGUACUUUAAGGCCUCUCCAUUCUGAGACCACCAAUGGUGAAAAAAAAAGACUGUAAUGGCCUCUAGUGCCUAUGCCAGCAGACAUUACUGGGCGUGACCUUCAAAUGAAAAUGGUGACUUCACAUUACUGCCCCUGUUGUGUAAACCAGUUUGAUAUACCAUAUUCAGUAUAAGGUAUCAUGUAUAUCUGGGAUACAUUGAUGUUAUGAUUAUGAAUGCCACUUAUGCUGAACAUUCAGUACCUUACACAUUACAACAUUUCACAUGAUCAGUAUUACAGACCUUUUUACCACUACAUUAAUAGUGUUGUUCACAGGCUAUUUCUUUCUUUUCCGCUUUAAUUUGGGUCAGCUCUAGAUCAAACUGUUAAGCCAUGAAUUAGUGGCCUCAUUAACUGUCCAUGUUGGAUGGUACAAAGACUGGGGUCAUGAGGUGGACUUCCUCCAUAACCACAACAUGAAUGCUUUUUGCACUGCAGAAGGUAAUUUUUUGUGCGAAUUGUGUCUUGACAGGGAUUUUCCUUUUUGUUGAACUUCACUAAAUAAAAACAACAAUGAAUGUAUUAUAUUUGAAUUUGCCUUGAAGAGUUUUAAGGAAUUGUUGCACUGAGCUGAAUUAUAUCUUUCGAAAAAUAAACUUAUUAAACACA